UAGGAAUAUUACAGAAAGUCAGUUCGUGCCACCGUCAGCCCCCAGCCACGUAAAAUCAACCCUACAAUCAGAAACACGCUCCGCAACCUCCAUUCACAGAACAGAAGACCACCGCACCACCACGCGACCACCACCGUGCGACCACUCCACUGCUAGCUCGAGCGCGAGUCGCGAACGCAGAGAACAGGUGUACAGAGGCGUGCGCUAAUGAGAGAGAAGCUAAAACGAAUCGCGACUGCCACAUUUUUAAUUCGUGCUAGUGAAUAAUGUACUGCACCUUUUCAUUUCCCUGUGUUUAUUUUGUUCCGGUGGGAAGAAUUUGUUGCAACUACAGAAGAGUCACUUUAGCAGCACAUUCGAAAAGAAGAAGACCCCCACCAAAGGAUAAUCGGUAUCGACCACAUCCUAAGCAACCUCCAGAAUUUGGUGUUAAUUUGUUCUUGAAGAAGCCUAGCACCACCUCUAAACCAACUGAGGAUGAUUUUGAUAUCGUUGAAGAGAAUGAUGAAGAGGAGGAUGAAAAUAUUGGUGUUGUUUGGGAAUCAGAUGAGAUUGAAGCCAUCUCAUCACUUUUCCAAGGUAGAAUUCCGCAAAAGCCUGGAAAAUUACAUCGAGAAAGGCCUCUUCCUCUUCCAGCUCCCUACAAGCUCCGACCUUUGGGACUACCCAAACCAAAAGCACAAGUAAAAUUGACAGCUCCAGCUGUGGUUUCUUCACGGGCUUCUAUGGCUAAGAAAGUGUACAAAAGCCCGAGUUUCCUAGUUGGUCUGGCAAGAGAAAUGAGUAGACUUGGUCCAGCUGAAGAUGUAUCUAAAGUUCUUGGAAAGUGGGUGCAGUUCCUGAGGAAAGGGUCCUUGUCAUUGACAAUAAGGGAAUUAGGUCAUAUGGGAUUCCCUGAGAGAGCUCUGCAAACAUUCUUAUGGGCACAAAAUCAACCUCAUCUCUUCCCGGAUGAUUGGAUUCUGGCCUCAACUGUUGAGGUCUUGGCUAGGAACCAUGAGUUAAGAAUUCCAUUCAAUAUUGACCAGUAUACUGGUCUGGCAAGUCGUGCUGUGUUGGAGGCAAUGAUCAAGGGUUUUAUAAAAGGAGGGAAUCUUAGACUUGCGUGGAAGGUUCUAAUAGUUGCCAGAAGGGAUAAAAGAAUGUUGGAUUCUAGCAUUUAUGCGAAGUUAAUAUUAGAACUUGGAAAGAACCCUGACAGACACAGGCAUGUAUUGCCCUUGUUGGAUGAACUUGGAGAACGAGAUGAAUUGAAUUUAAGCCAGCAAGAUUGUACUGCUAUAAUGAAAGUAUGUGUUAAGAUGGGGAAAUUUGAAGUAGUUGAGAGCCUGUUUAGUUGGUUCAAGCAGUCUACCUAUCAACCAAGCGUAGUUAUGUUCACAUCUGUUAUUCACAGCCGUUACACAGAGAAGAAAUACAGAGAGGCAUUGGCUGUAGUUUGGGAGAUGGAGUCUUCUAAUUGCCUUUUUGACCUUCCUGCUUAUCGUGUGGUAAUAAAACUGUUUGUUGCUCUGAAUGAUCUAUCUAGGGCCAUGAGAUAUUUUUCAAAACUUAAAGAAGCUGGAUUUUCUCCCACUUUUGGCUUAUACAAGGAUAUGCUUCAAAUUUACAUGGCCUCUGGGAGGACUGCAAAAUGCAAAGAGAUCUGCAAGGAGGCUGAAAUAGCAGGUUUCAAGCUAGAUAAAUAUCUGGUGUCACAGAUAAAUGAAAAUUUGUAGACUUGAAGAAUCCUGGAAGCAUUGUCAUUGUUUUGCAAAUUGUAAAUCCCUCUGUCUAAUAUAGUGAAUUAUUUCUGCAUUGAGAUUAAACAUUCGGAAUGUUUAAGAUAAUAUAGGAGAAUUUGAAAAUUAUAAGUUGCUUUUCAUCUGUCGUUGUAUGAAUCCUUCAAGUAAACAACGCGUUCAAAUUAAUUGCUGGACACUGUGCAUAUGGCAUCAGCAAACCAACUAUCAUAACAAGCUUCAGAACCAAAACAGAACCUACAUGAACAACGCCUUGUUUGGCUAAAUUGUCUGCAUUUGGACUUCCUUCCCCAAGAGUGUGUUGGAAGUUAAGGUUCCAAUCAUGAGAUAUGAGCCUUCUGAUGUUAUCCAGCAAAGGUGCACAAGGAUGAGCAGGAUCAGCAUUUAAUACCUUAUGAGCACAGGACAUUUUUAUCUAACGAAAUAGGUUUAGAAUUUAAGAUUGGGCAUUAUUAUCUCCAAUUGACCAAUUCUUGUUUAUUAGUUAUUGCAGGGAAUAUUUGAAGUCAAUAUCACCUCUCUCUAACUUCCAAAAUUGUUGUGUGCUUUUCCACGUAUUUUCUUUUGAGUCCAUGCAUCCUCCCACCAAGAUUACAGUUUCAAUAUCAAUGCAAGUGUAAAAUUUACAUGAUUAAUGUUUUAUUUGUAUGACUUUUUAUUUGC